AAGCCUAUCGUGCGCCGGACCUGCCCAUUGCCCAUUCUUGACAGAUCGUCCAUCGCUGGCGCAUCAAAGGCUACACUUCUGCGUACGUGUUUCCGGCUUGGAGAAGCGCUCAACACUGGAAGUCGAGCUGUGCGAACCAACAGCAGUGUUGUCAUUGAGCUAUAUGCCCGUGUCACCUCAUCGUGGAGAGAGCAGCCGCCUGGCCGCAAACAGCACUUCGUCUUCGCCGACAUCUAUCACGAUAAGCCUCCCAUCUUGGAGGGCACGUUCGAGCUCUACAACCAAGCCCAUCUCUGGGACCUCGAUAGUCGGGCUUUCUUGACCACAUCACCUUCGGGGCGUCUUUGUCGGGCUAUCGUGAAGAUGAAGCGCCAUGAACAUGAGAAGUGGAGACUAGAAGUGCUCAAUAUCUGGGAGGCGACUUGGGCAGACGUGGAUCGCGCGGCUGAAAUC